CCUCCAGAAGCUAGAAAUACAAACAGGUUCUCCCCUAGAGCCUCCAAAAGGAGCACAGCCCUGCCGACACCUUUACCUGAGCCUAGUAAGACUCAUUUUGGACAUCUGGCCUCCAGAACUGUAAGAGCAAAUUGGUGCUCACCAGCUGAAAGUCUGUGACUUUAAGUCACUGAGUUUGUGGUGAUUUGUUACGGCAUCCAUAGGAAACUAAUAAAGAGGCCUCCUUUACUUGGAUGCCUCCAACCACUUGCCCAUGAGGUACCUGCAGGAGCAGGAGCAGAGGGAGUGAGCGCAUGAGACAGCUGGGUGAAAGGGAAGUGGUGAUCAUAGUGUGAAUGCUGCCAAUGUAGAUUUCAGAGCAUGGGCUUUCUGAGUACUGAAGUCCCCUGGACCCACAGAGGUCACUGAGGGGAGAUGACAGCAUCAGAUAAUAGUUCAAAAAAUCAAACACCUGUGCUGCAGAAUGUGCUCCCUUUGUGGCUGGGGGAGUGGUGGAAGGUGAGCAGUUAUGGACAGCAUACACUGGGCUUUGGGUAAGGGAUAGCUGCUGGAACAAUUCUACUUCCCUCUGCACCUUCUGGAAACCACUAAUGUAAGAAAAGAUUUUUUUUUUUCUUUUUUUUAAGAAGAGCAUAAACCCAGAGGGUAAAGAGAAUGGGAGAGGAGAAAAUGGCAACAGUUGGAAAGCCACUGACCAGUGGUAAUUGAGGUAGCAGCCCCAAGAGAGCGGAAACUGGAGCCAGCAGAGAGGAAAGCUGGGAGGCAGCCUCAUCUGCCUCCAGAACCCCAAAAAAACCGGAAUUGGAGGGACUGAGUACCCUAACAAGGGGUUGAACUAGAAGCACCACGGGAAGGUCCUCAUAUAGCUGGUUGACUGAUUCUCCUUCACCCCAGCAGAAGGUUGGAGUUCACUCUCUUCAAAGAGUGAACCAGGGGAACUCCAGAUGGCAGAGCACACCGCUGAGGGUGGGGUCCUGUACAGAAAAUGGAGAUUCAGUGAAUGUGUGUAUCAGGACUGUUACGGAUUGAAUUGUGUCCCCCCUAAAUAGGUGUUAUAAGUCCUAACCCCUAUACCUGUGGUUAUAAUUCCAUUUUGGAAUGGGUUAUCUUUUUGUUAAUUAGGCAGUAUUAGUGUACGGUGGUCUCAAUCUCUUUUGAUAUAUAAAAUAGAUUAAACAAGCAAGUGAGCAAGCAGAGAUGGGAGAAAAUAGACGCCAUGCCACUGGAAAGUCACCAAGGAGCCAGGAAAAAAGGACCUUCUUCCAUAGCUGAAAAAGAAAGCCUUUCCCUAGAGCCAGUGCCCUGAAUUCCUAAACUGUGAGAAAAUAAACUUGUUUUUUAAAGCCACACACUUGUGGUAUUUCUGUUACAGCAGCACUAGGUAACUAACACAAGGAUAUAGAGUAAAACAUUAGCUGCCAUCAUCUUCAGCAUCGUCCUUAUCAUCAUCCUAUCAUUCCCUGGGUUCUGACUCUGAGAUGGAGAUUUCUGGAUCCUUCCUUCCGGCUGCUGAUCCUUUUCUGCCCUCCGUGUCCCAAAAUCAAGCGAUCAGGUGCUCAUCUGAAUCAAUCAAGUCUUUGUUUCCUGUUUCAGAGAGGGAUUUGGUCAGUCUCUUCAUGAAUGACACAGGGACCUGAAUGUCGAUGUGUGUGUGCGUAUGUGUGGUGGAGCAAGGGGCAGGAAAGGGAGUGGGUUUCCACCAGCAUCACUCACUAUGCACAAACAUCUGCUGUUUGACAACGUUGCCAAUGCAACAAAUCAUGAAACAAAAAGAAGUCAAAAUUGUUUUUAGACGAUGGUUCUGUCCCUGCUAAAACCAAGAGAAUGAAAUACUUGAACAAAGAACGUCAGCCGAGGGAAAGUAUAAAAAUAAGUUCAUGUUUUUCUAGUGUAUCAACAAUAACUCAUUUUAUGACCCAACGAGAGAAAAUGACCUCUUUUAUAUUCUCAACCCAGAUCAAUAAACACAAGAAAAAACUGAACAAGCGUUGGGCGCAAAUUAUAGGACUCAAGCUGCAGCAGUUUCCGGAUUAAAGUGGUAAAGGAAGGCAUGAAAAAAGGGAGUUUCGCAAUGUCCCGAUGGCAGGGUCGCAGAGGGGGCCCCUGCAGAGAAGCGCGGGGCGCCCGCCAAAUCCCCGGCUCUCCGGACACCGAUUCCCGAGCCGUCCUCGCUCCAUCUCCGGGUCCUCGGCGCCGUCGGCUCUUGACGACCGCGUCCCUUUCUGGAGUCGCGAAUGUUGCCCCUUUCCCAGUUUACCCCACUGCCUUUCGGCCCCGCAGACGCCAGCGCCGCGGGGGUUGCUGGGUGAUGUAGUUCCUGCUCGCAUGACGCAUUUCCGGUGCGCCCGGCCUCGCCCCGCCGCCGUUGUCCCGGCUUCUGCGGUUAACUGAGGUGGCUGCCCGGUGGAAUUCGGCGGAUGAGGCUAUCCUGGUCCCCGGAGCAACGGCUCAGACCGCUGGGGCGGAGGGCAGGAGCAGGCUGCGAUGGCGAUUAUGAUGAAGGCCGCGGGGUCCCCGAGGGCACGGCGCGGGCACCUGUGAGCUUUGAGGACAUGGCUGUGACCUUUAGCUGGGAGGAGUGGGGGUGCCUGGAGCCUGCCCAGACGGCCCUGUACCGCGAUGUGAUGCUGGACACCUGUGGGCACCUGGUCUUCCUGGGGCUUCUGCUUUCCAAGACAGAUGUGAUCUCCCGGCUGGAGCAAGAAGAUCCAUGGUGGGUGGAGCAAGGACGUCCCCGAGACUGGAAGACUACACUUGGAAAGAAGCAGUCAGCUUCCGAAGAGGACAUCGCUGGGGAGGAGCCAUCCUACAGCAUGGAAAUGAAAUGCUGCACUUGGGAGGAGGACCCCUGGUCUGUGUCAUUGGGAGAAGUGCAGGAUUGGAGGGAACAGCUAGGGAAGUGCCAGGAGGACUCUGUAAGUGAAAUGGUUCUCACCUCAGAGACUGCUCAAGGGAAAUGCUGGGACCGUGAACUUGGGGGAAGUUAUGGUCUGACUUUAAGUCUUUUACCGGAGACAUUACCUAUAAGAACACAUAAGCCUGACUCACAGGUUAAAAGAUUGAAACAGGAUUUGGUUUUCAUUAAUCAUCAGAAUGGCUCGACAGUUCAGAAGCCCUGUGAAAAUCAUCAGAGUGCUAGAGCCUUUUCUCAGGGCAUUUACUUGCAUAAACUUGGAAAAGUUGAAAUAGGAAAUAAACCUUGUGAAUGUGCUGUCAGUGGUGAAUCUUUCAACUGUGGUACCUCCCUUCAUUUUCACACUAGAAUCUUUUCAGCAAACAAUAGCAAUGAAUGUAAAGAUUCUGGAAACUUCUUCAACCAUAGCAUGUCUCUGAAUGAACACAAGCCAGUGUAAUUUGGGGAAAGUCAGUUUGAGUGUGAUGACUGCAAAAAAGCCUGUUCUGAGAGCUCGUGCCUUGAACAAACCUUAGGAAGUAAUCUUGAAGAAGCAGUAUUCAGAUGUGGGGAGGGCUGUGACACAUUCCACAGGGCCUCAUCUUUCACUGACUAUAAUGUUAUUCAGAGUGGAAAGAAGCCAUAUGUGUGUAAUCAGUGUGGAAAAUCUUUCAGCUGUUGCUCCAAGCUUCUUGUACACCAGCGAACGCAUAUUGGAGAAAAGCCCUAUGAGUGUCAUUGUUGUGGGAAAUCUUUCCGCCAGAGCUAUGACGUCGUUGUACAUCAGAGAACUCAUACUGGAGAGAAACCUUAUGAAUGUAAGCAGUGUGGGAAAUCUUUCACCCAGAGUUCUAAACUUAUUAGGCAUCAGCGAACUCACACUGGAGAAAAACAAUAUACAUGUCACAAAUGCAGAAAAUCCUUCAGGUGGAACUCUAACCUUACUGUCUAUCAAAGAAUUCAUACUGGAGGGAAACCUUAUGAGUGUGCUCAUUGUGGAAAGUCCUUCAGCCAAAGCUCUGACUUCAUUGCACAUAAAAGGACUCACACUGGAGAGAAACCCUAUGAAUGUAACCAGUGUGGAAAGUCCUUCAUUCGAAGCACUCAACUUACUAGGCAUCUGCAAAUUCAUACUGGAGAGAAGCUGUGUAAAUGCAGUCAAUGUGGAAAAGCCUUCAUUGGGCGUUCUCACUUUGUUGAGCAUCAGAGAACUCAUACUGGAGAGACACCUUUUGAAUGCAGUCAGUGUGGAAAAACCUUCACAGGGAGCGCUCAUCUCCUUUCCCAUCAGAGAAUUCACUCUGGGGAAAAGCCAUAUGAAUGUAAAGACUGUAGGAAGUCCUUCAGGCAGAGAUCUCAGCUUGUGCAUCAGCGAACCCAUACUGGAGAGAAACCUUACAAAUGCAGUCAUUGUGGAAAAGCUUUCAGCCAGAGGUCCCCCCUUAUUGUGCAUCAGAGAACACACAUUGGAGAGAAACCCUAUCAGUGUAGUGUGUGUGUAAAAGCCUUCAGUCAGAGAUCAAGCCUUAUUGAACACCAGAGGAUGCAUACUGGAGAAAAGCCCUAUGAAAGCAUUGACUGUGGGAAAGCCUUCAAUGACCGGUCAACCCUUGCUAAACAUGAGAGAACACACACUGGAGAGAAACCCUAUGAAUGUAGUCAUUGCGAAAAGGCCUUUAGCCAGCGGUGUCAACUUACUAGACAUCGGAGAAUUCAUACUGGAGAGAAACCCUAUGAAUGUAACAAAUGUGGGAAAGCUUUCGGUUAUAAUACAUCCCUUAUGCAACAUGAGAAAACUCAUAGGACGAAAACCCUAUGACUAAUCAAUGUGGGAAAGCCCCCUACCAGACCUUGUUUAGUAGACAGCAGAUGACCAACUUGUGACUCAGAGUGUGGUCUGUUGACCACUUGCGUCAGAAUUAGCUGGAGUGUAUGUUGAAACUGCACAUUACCAGGCUCACGCCAUUCUACUAAAUCAGAAUUUCUAGUAGCAAGACUCAGGAACCUGCAGUUUCCAAAAGCAUCCAUCGUGUUUGGAGGUCUCGGGGUGGAGGGUCCAUAAGGGUGAUGAAAUCCCCAGAGUUCAAGAUCUCCAAUGAUGAUUCUGGAGGCACAGUUCAUGCUGGAGCAGUUAAUAAAGUUGCACACUUGCAAGGUUACAAGUGAUAGUGCCAGUAACUGGGCAGUCUGCAAUCUGGGUCAUGCAACCAGCUAACUAGGAAGCUGUCCAAGGACAGGUCCCAUCUGGGUGAUCUUUGGUAUUAAGUUUUAUACUUCAGUAGAGCUCAGGUGCUUGUUUCAUAUCUCCGUGCUCUAAGCUAUUCUUGUGCUGAGAUGUCCUACUCUUGGGUUAUCAGCGUAAGUUGACUGUGGCCAACUUAGCUGGGAUCAAGUUCCUCCAAGGACACAGUGAAAAGGCCUUCAAGAUGCUUUACGACCUGUUGGCUGCUUAUUACUGCAGCCAUUUUGUGUGUCCUAAGAGGAGACCCUACUCCCUGUGUCCAGGUGGUGCUAGUAAGGGACAUGCAGCAAAAAGUGCCUCAUGAGCUGCUUGUUCCUCUAGCUAUCAUCCGAUGGUCAUCGUUAAAAGACCCCAGCAGACACUACAGCAUCCCUGGUGAUUCUUUUGCACACUAAAGUGUCUCUGCCAGUGCAUCUAGCUGAGAAUUACGAGUAUGACUACUGAUGAAAAGCAUUCAGUUAGCGCUCCUAACUUAGCAGGUGUUAGGAUACUUAGAAUGGAGCUGUACCCUUCAGAUAAUUUUUUUUUUUAGUGCAGAACAACUACUUGUGCUCAGAUGUCCUUAUAACACAUUCCUGGGAAUGAUAGGAAACUGGAAGAUUGUCUUGAUACAGAGGCCUGAACACCAGUCUAAGAGGAAACCAUUGCAUGACAAAGUAAGUGUUGAGCCCAUCACCACCAAAGAUGUUAAGGCCACCAAGCUCAAGUCCUUCAGGCAGGCCUGCUGAAGACAGAUAUACAGCCUAAUUGUUCUGUCUUCACCUGCUGUCAGUUAUCCUUCAAAGCAGGGAUGCUAAAAUGUGAAACCAGCCAUCUUCAAUGUAAAGUAGCAAGUAACACAAAUCGAAAAGGCUGGAAAGUCUUCCAGAAUGGUUUUAUUAUUAGAAUAAAAAGUAGACUCUAACUUAAUCUUGGAAUCCAUGUGCUCUAACUUACCUAACUUUGUUGCUCAGUUAGGCUGACUUUAAUCAUGAGAACUGGCUGCAUAGCAAUAUGGAGAAUGCUUAUUAGAUGAAGUGAAAACAGAAACCAAAGUGUUAGGUACGCAAAAACAUUACAGCCACAUAAAAAUGUACACAGAAUGGUUGGUGUUUUAAUUAUCUAGUGCUGGUAUAACAGAAAUACCACAAGUAUUUAUUCUCUCACAGUCUAGGAGGCUAGAAUCUGAAUUCAGGGUGCCAGCUCCAGAGGAAGUUUUUCUGUCAGC